AUGAUGGAAACAAUAUCCACCGAGGGGAGUCAAGCUCCAAUCUACGGAGAAGGCAACGAUAUUCCAAUUGAUCCUGCCGUCGAGCGUCGCAUCCUUUGGAAGCUCGAUCUUACGAUCUUACCACUCCUAACGUCGGUUCAAUUUCUAUCACAAAUGGCCAAAUCGGACCUGGGCAAUGCAGAAGUUGCCGGCCUCAGCGAUGAAAUGAAUUUAAACGCUAAGCAAUAUUCGGAUCUCGCCAUCAUGGUCCUUGUCGGAUACAUUGUUUUUCAAAUUCCUGGGACGAUGUUGAUAAAGAAGUUUGGUCCGUCAUAUCAGCGACGUUUAACAUGGCUUCAGUUCGGUAGUGCUGUGAUCGCAUGGGGUGUGUUCACAACGUGUCUAGUAGCAGCCAAAACCGCGGGUGCUCUUAUGGCUUUACGGUUCUUGGUUGGUAGCGCGGAAGCCUUCAUUCAGGGAACACUAAUCUACUUAUCCUUUUGGUACCGAUACAACGAGCUUGCUACUCGUGGGGCGGUAUUUGAUGGGUGUUCGGCCUUGGCAGGCGCGUUCAACGGCAUCAUCGGCCAUCAAAUCCAGGUCAAUCUUGAAGGAAAGAACGGUUGGCGAGCCUGGCGCUGGAUCUUCCUCAUCGAGGGUGUUAUACCCAUAGGCUGGGGCUUUGUCGUUAUCGCCCUACUGCCCGGUACGCCUGAAACUGUACGCUGGAUUUUCAGUCACAAGGAGAAGGAGAUCGUCAUACAACGGAGCCGAGCCAGCCACAAUACAGGAUCGUCAAAGAUCAAAGUGAAGGCCGUGCUCGAAGUCCUCCUCCAUCCUCUUUUCUGGCUCCUGACCCUCAUGAACUGCUGCGUCCACAUCACCACCUCCAGCCUCAGCAACUUUCUCCCUCCCAUUCUCGACGGUCUCGGCUGGAAAGACGAACAAGCCCAGCUCAUGUCCUCCAUCGUCUACGCCUGCGCCUUCGUUAACAUCAUCCUCUGCGCCCAAAUUGCCGACCGCACCGGCCGACGCGGCCUCCUCGUCGUCGUGAACUGCGCCGUCAGCCUCGUAGGCUUCGCCAUGCUGCUCGCUUCAACCAACGCGAGUGUGCGCUUCGCGGGGACAUGCUUACUCACCGCUGCCUUAUACCCUUGCCUGAUGCUCGUCGUGGUCUGGCUAGCGAUGAACUUCCCUGGUUACAGUUACAGGACAAGUUGUAUUGCGCUCACGAACAUUUGCGCGCAGGCGUUCAGCAUCAUUGGGAACAAGAUUUAUGUUGAUCCGCCAUAUUAUCGGGAGGGUCUGACUGUGAGUGCGUGCAUGGCUGGAGUGGCAGGUGUGACGGCGGCUAUCACGCUUUGGUGGAUUGGAAGGUUGAACGCUAAAAAGGAGAGUGGGAAGUUUGCGGCGGAGUAUGGCGCUCUUGCAGAGCAGUCUAUCGACGACUUGGGCAAUGCGCACCCUGAUUUUAGGUACACAUACUGA